AUGUCAUACGGGUAUCCUCCCUACGGACAACCGCCUCCCCAGGGCCAAUGGGGAGCCCCUCCUCCUCCGCAGGGCGGCUACGGUUACAAUGGCUACAACCAGGGACCACCGCCCUCACACUCGCCAUACCCUCCUCAAGGCCACUCUCCAUAUCCGCCCUACGGCCAGCCCCCACCUCACCAGGGCUACGGCGCGCCGCCUCCUGGGCCCCCACCAUCUGAGCUCUAUGGCUCACCCGCACCUCCUCCCGGCGGCGCACACGCCUACUACCAUCAGCAGCCUCCUCCGCCAGGGCCACCGCCUGGCCAGUACGGAGGAGCACCGGCCCAAUAUGGGGCGCCUCCGCCAUCUAGUUUCCCCACGCCGCUUUCCCCCGGCUACGGCCCACCUCAGAGCAUCCAGUGGGACGCAAGGCCGACGGCCGACGCGCUGAGAAAGGCCAUGAAGGGGUUCGGCACUGAUGAGAAGGCUCUGAUCCGCGAGCUCGCCGACAAGGACCCCUUCCAGGUCCACGCCAUCAACGACGCCUAUCAGCGCAACCACCGGCGCAACCUCGUCGCCGACCUCAAGAGUGAAACCUCCUCGUGGUUUGAGUACGGCCUCGUGGCGCUCGCCCGCGGGCCUUUGAUGGCGGACGUUCAUCUGCUGUACGACGCAAUGUCCGGCCCGGGCACCAAGGAGCGUGCCCUGAACGACGUGCUGCUUGGUCGCAGCAACGCCGACAUCAACGCUAUCAAGGCCGCCUACCGCCAAACCUUCAAGCGGGACCUCGUCGCCGCCGUCAAGGACGACCUCUCCAUGAAGACGGAGCGCCACUUCGAGAUCGUCCUGAGCGCCCAGCGCGCCGAGGACUCGGCCCCCGUCAUCAAGCCCGAUAUCGACCGCGACGUCGACGCCAUCUACAGCGCCACCGAGGGCAAGCUGGGCACGGACGAGAUGCGCGUGUGCUCCAUCCUGUCGAUGCGCAACGACAACCAGAUCCGCGCCAUCGCCCACGAGUACAAGCUCAAGUACGCGCGCGACCUCGAGACGGUCAUCAGGAAGGAGUUCUCGGGCCACAUGGAGGACGCCCUGCUGUUCCAGCUGCGCCGCGGCAUGGACAAUUACAUGCACCAGGCCAUAUUGCUCGAGGACGCCAUGGCCGGCGCCGGCACCAAGGACUACCUGCUCGUGUCGCGCGUGGUGCGCUCGCACUGGGACCGCGCCAACAUGGCCAACGUCAAGGGCGCCUACGAGAAGCGGUACGGCAAGAGCCUGGCCAGGCGUAUCAAGGGGGAGACGAGCGGGGACUACGAGCGCCUGAUGAUCGCGUGCAUCGGGGAGCGCUGA